AUGGAAAUGGCUUCACCACAAACGGAACCAGAAGGACGAGGUGCAUUCCGGAAGCUAUUUAUGAAAUUAGGCGAAAAAGUUGGUACUAUUAAGACUUCUGAGCUUAAUCCGGAUUAUUUGAAUCAAGUGAAAGAUGCAGACACUUAUAAGGAAAUGUUAUGCAAAUUAGCAGAAAGCAUUAUGCAUGUGUUGCAACAAAAUCCGAAAUUAGUACCUGAAGCAGAAUCAAAAAUGGAAUUUGAAUGUCCAUUAAAUCAAGAUCCUACGGAAUUAUUAAGCGUUUCACUAGAAGCAAUGAGAGAAAAUUUUUCAGCUCAUAUUCCAGCACUUGAGGCAUGCAUUCGUGCAUGCAUAAAAUUAGCCGAGUUACGUCGAUCUUACUGCAAACGAGGACGUCGAGCUAUUCAUUUUAUUCGAACAUUUAUUAAUGUUGAUUAUGUGUGUAAGAUAUGCGUUUCUUAUAUUUGCUAA